AUGGUAGUGGUGGCCCUUGGCCGCAUCUCGAGGUGGCUGCCGUGGGGAGCUCCAGAGGACUGCCGCCGCCGCCGCCGCCGCGAGCCCGCCUCUGCGACUGCGCCGUCGCCGGAGUUUAGGACCGGGGAGGAGCAGUGGUGGCGGGUCGACCCGGAUUUGGACCUCGUAGUGGUGGCAACCGGCGCCGGAGGAGACAACGGCUCGGACUGGUCCGUCGGGUGGCUGGAGCCCCACGCGCCGGAGUUCCUCAUCGGUGCGGACGGGGAGAGCUGCUUCUCUGUUCUGGUGCGGUGCUACGGCGGCGAUAGAUCCGGCGAUGGGAGACGGCCCCUUGCCGCGGGGGAACCCGACGGCGGCGGCGUUGGUUCCUCUACUGGUGGGUGAUCUGCUCUCCGAUUCUUCGUCCUCUUCUUCCUCUGGCUUUAUGAUAUAAACUCCGAGAGCAUCGUCUUUCCCCCUUAUUUAGCUUCUUUUCUCUCUGUCCGUGCAGAAGGAAAGGAUACCUUCGAACGGUGGCUCUCCUCCCUGCAAAGCAGUUGA